CCGAGAGAUUCAAGUUGCACAGUGAUUUUAUUGAAUAUCAUUGGAUGCAUUGACAAUUUCAGAAUGAAGUUACUCGUUGUUCUUUUAGGCCUUCUUUGUACCUCGGUGCAUGGGGCACCAAACCUAUCAGAAAAGGUACAUUCACCCCAUCCAGCUUACGUAAAAGAUAUAGAAAUCUUACCAUCCGACGAUACCAGGAUAACACAAGGUGAACGUGCUUUUAGAGACCAAUUUCCUUACCAGGUUUCCAUAGAGUGGGGUAACAAUCAGUCACCCACCCACCUCUGCGGUGGUAGUCUCAUUACGGAAUCGGUGGUACUCACGUCUGCUAGUUGUAUCAGAAACUACGGUACCUAUAUCAUCGCUGCUGGAAUCCUCAAUCGAGGCGAAAAUAGCUCAUCUGCUCAAAGACGAAAUGUUGACAGUAUUGUCGUUCACGAAAAUUGGCCCGGCGAAGGCCCGGCUCCAUUUGAUAUUGCCCUAAUAAAGGUAGCCUCGCCCUUCAUCUUGACCUCUUCCGUCCGGGUUGUUGGACUACCUGCCCAAGGUGUCGUUCCUUCUGGAAGCGCCGUUCUUUCUGGAUGGGGAAGGACGUUUUAUAAUUCUGUUCUCCCAACCGUCCUGCAACACGCCUAUCUACAAAUCCUACCAAAUAACGAGUGCGCCCGAAGUUUAAUCAAUCAACUGGGAUAUUCCGAUCCUUUGGACGAUACCCAAAUUUGUACAAGCGCACGCGUUUCUGAUCAAACAAAAAGGGUGUCCGUUUGCCGUGGUGACUCUGGUAGCCCAUUGGUCCAAGGCUAUGUUCAAGUGGGUAUCGUCUCUUGGGGUUUAACACCAUGCGGCACCACCUUUGCCCCAUCUGUCUACACAAGAGUUUCUACCUAUUCUGACUGGAUUGACGAUAAACUUGAGCAGUUACGGUCUGCCGUUCCUUCGGGCAUCGACAAUGAAUAAAUAAAAUUACUUACAAAUAAAUAACGUCUUUUA